AUGUCAUCAAAAUCUACAUCACCAUCAUCAUCAGCGUCUCAUUCACGUACAUCUACAAUUACUUCAAAUAGUUAUCUAAGAUCAGAUGUAUUACCUUGUCCACAAAUAAAUUUACCACAAAAUCAUUUACAACAACAACAACAACAACAACAUCGACAAAUGAAAAUUGGAAAAUAUUUUCUUGAUAGAACAAUCGGAAAAGGAAAUUUUGCUGUUGUUAAAUUGGCUACACAUUGUGAUACACAACAAAAAGUAGCUAUUAAAAUUAUUGAUAAAUCACGUUUAGAUCCUAGUGAUCGUAAAAAACUUGAACGUGAAAUAAUUGUUAUGAAAUCAUUAGUACAUCCAUAUAUAAUUCGGCUUUAUGAAGUUAUGGAAUCAAAAAAUCUUAUUUAUUUAGUGACAGAAUAUGCAGCUAAUGGUGAAUUAUUAGAUUUACUUAUUCGUGAAAAACGUUUAAGUGAACCAAAAGCAAAAGAAAAAUUUCGUCAACUUGUUUUAGCUGUUGAAUAUAUUCAUUCAAAAAAUAUUGUUCAUCGUGACUUAAAAGCUGAAAAUUUACUAUUGGAUGGUCGCGGUAAUAUAAAAGUAGCAGAUUUUGGUUUUGCUAAUGUAUUUUAUCCUGAUUCCAAAUUACAAACAUUUUGUGGUUCACCACCUUAUGCAGCUCCUGAACUCUUUCAAUGUCUUCCAUAUUCACCUGAAAAAGUUGAUGUUUGGUCUCUCGGUGUUUUACUUUAUGUAUUUGUUUGUGGUCAUUUACCAUUCGAUAGUAAUAAUCUUGCUGAAUUACGAAAACAUGUGCUUGCGGGACAAUAUCGUUUACCAUUUUACAUUAGUGCAGAUUGUAGUUCAAUAAUUAGUCAUAUGUUAACUGUUGAUCCUAAUCAACGUUAUACAAUAAAUGACAUAAAAAAACAUCCAUGGUUUAUGUCAGACAAUUCAGAUGCAUCUGAUAUAACAUGUCAAACGCAAUCAAUACCAAAUUGUCAAUUAACAAAUGCUAUACUUGAUCAUGCUGAAUCACUUGGUUAUAAUCGUACACAAAUAUUAAAAUCAGUCAAUGGAAAUUCUUAUGAUAGUGAUGCUGCUAUAUGGCAUUUAUUAUUAGAAAAAUUUCAACAAACAUGUCAAAUUGAAAAUUCUAACAUUCCAAUUGAAUCAGUAUUUAAUGACAAUGUAGAUAAUUUAAAUAAUUCGGAUGUAGCAAGACGUUCAACAGCACCAUUAAUAUUUGAUAAUAAUAAUACUGAAUUAGUUUAUUCAGCUCCAAAUACAGCUGAAUCAAUACGUCCACAAUUAGAUCCAUGUGAUCUUCAAUGUAUAUCAAAACAAGUUGUUUAUCAUCGACAAGAACCAGAAAUUCGUAUAGAUGAUCUUGAUAGUUAUGAUGAAGAUGAUGAUGAUAAUAAUAAUGGUAAUGCACAAAAUACAGUAACAUCACCACAAUUACAUGAACAUUUAACUCAUACACGUGGUUUACGACGACAUACAAUCGGUCGACCUGAUUUACUUGUACAUGGUGGACCUAUUCCAACACUUGCUUCAAAAGUACGUUUUGCGCAUCAAUCAGCAAAUAUUGAACCAUCAAUUUUAUCAAAUCGACUUACAAAUCUUCAACAACGACAAGACUAUGAAAUUAAUCGACCAUGUGAUAAUGAUGAUGAAUGUUUUCCAUUAUCACCAGCAUCAUUGUUUUAUCAUCAACGAGAUACACAUUCAACAAGUUAUAAUGGUUUAUCUACGCAUUCUCCUGUGAUAAAUACUACAUUGGAUGUAUCUGAUCAUCAAAAACAAGAUAAUAAUUGGCUUUCACCACCGAUUUGUCAUAAUUUUAAUAUGAGUCGACGAGCCAGUGAUAGUGGUGCUCAUCUUCUUCUAUUUCAAUUACAAUCGGGUGCAACCGGUUCAAAUACUUUUGGUGCUGUACAUCCAACACAUACACAGUCUCCUUUAUCUAAUCGAUCAUCUCGAGGAAGUAUAACACGUGGUGCACCAAUGACACCGCCAACAUUUUCCAUUACUCCACAUGAAGUUGAAGAAGACGAAGAUAAAGAUCAACGGAAUCAUAAUGAUGAUGAUGAUGAUGAUAAUGAAGCUCUUGCAAGAUAUCUCAAUCGUGGUAAACGUCAUACGGUUUGUGAACAAGGUUUAUUAGUUAAUUGUAAAACUCGACGUGCUACUCGUGAAGCAACUAAAGAACGUGGUUUAUCAUCACGUCGUGCAAGUGAUACAAGUUCAAAUUUUAUAAAUGCUACAACACGAGCAUAUUUUGAACGUUUAUAUAAUAAUGCUGUUAAUUUUAAAACAAGUGAUGAUGAUUUAGCUGGAUCAAGUUUACAAGAAUUACAAAAACUUCAAAAACAAGUACAAAAACAUCCGACAAAUAAUACUGAUUCACCAAUAAUUCGACGAGCAGCUGCUGUUUCAUCACCAACAAAUUCUGCUGGUCUUCAUAUGAUUCAAGAAGAACAUCAACAAAAUCCAUUAUUAGUAUCAUCAUUAAAUUAUCAAUAUUCAAAUCAAAAUAAAUCUUCAUCAUCAUCAUCAUCAGAAGCAUUAGCAAAUAUUGAUGAUGAAGAAAAUGAAAUGGAUUGUGAUGUUCAUCAUCAUCAUCAUCAUCAUAUGCAACAACAAUAUUUUUGUCCAUCGCAUUAUCAUCCACCACCAACAUCAUCAUUAUUUCAUUAUAAUAAUAGUCCUUUACUUGCUCAACAAUUAGCUAUCCCAACGACGACUUCUUCUUAUAUACCCUGA